AUGUCAAAGCAAAAUUCUCUCGAUAAAUAUUUCGUAAAAAGGAAAGAAAAUAAUGAAACGAAUAAAUUAGCAAAAAGGUUUUGUGUUGAAAAUGAAAAUAUUAUUACUCCAUCGAACAUCGUUGCAAGUCAACCCGACCAUUCAACUGUUAACAAAGUACCACCAAGUGAUAUUCAAUUCAUUCACAACAACUCAGUCUCAAGUAAAACACUAACCAAUAAUACUCAUCCGUCAAAGAAUAAUUCUGAAUUAAAAUUAGGUUCACCAUCAAUCAAUGAUAGAAUUGACAAACGUUCUUAUAAGCCAUCGUAUUCACAGAAAUUCCCUUGGCUUCUCUAUCAACCAAAUGUUGGUGGAUUUUGUAGUAUAUGCCGCAACUAUUGGAAGCCAGGUACACCAUUAUUCCGGGAAAUGGAACAAAAAACAAAAGGUGUAUUUACCUCAGCUCCAUUCCGUAAUUGGAAAAACGCGUUAGGUGAUAAUGGAAGAUUAAUGAGACAUUUUCGAUCAGAAUAUCAUCUAAUUGCACAUGAAAACGACAAGUUUCGACAGCAAGAAGGUUCCAUCAUCAAUCAAAUAGUUACGGUAAGUGAAGCGCAAAAGAAAGAAAAUAGAGAUCGCUUAAGUGAUUUACUUGAUUGUUGUUAUUUCCUUUUUAAAAACGAAUUACCACACACAACGCUGUAUCAUCCAUUAUUACAAUUAAUUGGUCGUCUUGAUCACAGUUCUAAACUUGCCGAUUUCUUUCAAAAUUGCCACAAAAAUGCUACGUACAAUAGUACAACAUCAGUCACUGAACUUCUUGAAGCUACAAAUAACAUUUUGGAAAAGAACGUUCUCAAAAAAAUACAACAAGCAAGAGUUAUUAGCAUCAUGUCCGAUGAAGGAACUGACAUUAAUAGACACGGAAAUUUAUGUAUUUGUAUCAGAUAUUGCGAUCAAACAACUGGCGAACCAACUGAAACAUACAUAAGUUUAUUACAUUUAAAAAAUAAAGAUGCAGAAUCUAUUUUUAAUUGUAUUGUAACGGAUUUACAACAAAAACAUAUUGAUUUAACAAAGAUUCGCUUUGUUGCAUUUGAUGGCGCUGCAGUAUUCAGUGGAAUACGUAAUGGUGUUGCUGCUAAAUUUCGUGCUGCAUUCAAUCUUGCAAUAUUAUUUAUUCAUUGUCGAGCACAUGCAUUACAAUUAGCUGUGAUAUCUGCUGCAGAUGGCAUUCCUGAUAUUUGUAAAAGCUUAUCCACACUUAAAUCAUUAGUUAAUUUUAUCAAUCGAUCAUCGAUAAGAUUAACUUUAUUUGAAGAUGUUCAAGAUAUUUUUAUAAGCAAACAUAUUAAAUUAAUUCAACCAGGUGAUACUCGCUGGCUUUCAAAUUCGUUAUCUAUUCGAUCUAUUGUACAUUCCUACCAAUCAUUAUUAGUAACAUUAGAAAAUAUUUAUAAUGAAAACAACGAAGACAGUGCAGAAGCAUUAGGUCUUUACAAUAUCUUAUCAAAUCAAGCAACUGCAUUUAUUAUUCAUACACUUCAACCAAUAUUAGAUACUUUAGCUGUUCUAUCAAAAUCCAUUCAAACAAAAGCAGCUGAUUUUAAACAAUUACAAGAUUUUAUAUCAUCAACUAUGCUUCGACUUGAAGAACUUAAAGAUUUUAGUUCAAUUGAUUAUGUUAAUAUACUUGAAACAAUUCAAAAACUAUCAUUAGUAUCUUCAACAAUUCGAAAUUCAAGAUCAUCAAUAUCAAAUGUACAAUUAAAUACUGAUGAAGUUUUCAAGUCAAAAAUUCUUCCAUUUAUCGAAAACAUUAUUAAUAAUAUUCAAGCUCGUUUUGAACCAAGCAAUCUCGAUUUACUUAAUUGCUUUAUGAUAUUUGAUAUGGAAAAUAUGAAUGAUAAUAAAGAUUAUGGUGAUAAAGAAAUACAUACUAUUCAACAACAUUAUUCAAAUGACUUUGACGAAUCAAUAAUCUAUGAAUGGAGGACAUUUCGUACAUAUUUAUUAACCAAGAAAAAAGGUGGUAAACUUAUGACGCAACGAGAAGUUUGUACGAAGCUUGUUCAAGAUGGUAUGCUAAAAGAUAUUUAUCCGCAGUUAUCAUUAGCCGCAGAAAUCUUUCUCAUUGCGCCUAUUAGCACGGCUACAGUCGAAAGAGAUUUCUCAACGAUGAAUCGCGUACUUACAAAAUUAAGAAAUCGUUUAACAACCGAACACGUUGAUCAAUUGAUGAGAAUUUCAAUCGAAGGUGUAGAUACUUUAAAUGAAGACAUGAAAGAAGAAAUCAUCAAUUACUGGAAAAAAGUAAAACCACGUCGUUUAGCAGUUUGA